CUCUCUUUCUCUCUUUCUCUCUCUCGUGGCGACGAAGAGGAACGCGGCGCGCAGUACAGAGUGUAUUCUCGCUCGAUUGGCCGCCCAGUCGUGGUCGAGUCGAUCCAUCGUCGCGCUCGAUUUUCUUCGCGAUCCACAGUUAUAUUACUACUACUCUCUCUUUCUGCCUUUUUCCCUCCUUUUCUUUCUCUCUUUUACACGUAUACACACAGCCUUUCUGCUGUGUGCACGCACACACUAUCUAUCUAUAUAUUCUUUUUCUUCCUUUUCCACACUCGUUGUGGCAGGGUGUGCAAGUGGAACACGCAAGUUCAACACGCACUCGUUCCUUAUCUUCGAUACACUCCGCGUGCGUUCCUCUCAAAGUUCGGAUUAUUUUGGAAUUUAAUUGAGAAUGGUUAUUUUAAAAUAUGGGGGAAAGAGAUUAAAGUAAUUAGCGAAAUUUAAUAAUCAAAUAAUACGAGACUAACGUUGGUUUAUCUUCUCUUUCGUUUUAUUCAAGGUUGAGAAUAAUAUAAAGAAGAAGAAAGGAAAUAAGAUUAUAGAUAGACAAAGAGUUUUAAACGUAUAGAAGAAGAAGUAGAAGAAAGAAGAAGAAGAAGGAGAAGGAUUAGCAGUAGGAGGAAGAAGAUCAAGCCCUUGUGUCGAUGCGCGCGAGCGCAAGCGCGCUCAAUUCUUAAGGUCGACGACUGUAGGGGACUACUUACUACCGGUACUUUUCUUGCCCGCGAAACAUGCACGCGGUCAAAGUGGAAUAUACAGAAGAGGCCAACAUGAUGGACUCGGUCCCAACGGUAUCAUCCUCUUCGAGUACAACGACCGCAUCUCAACAGCAGCAGCAGCAACAACAAGGAGUACCGUUUGACGAGAACAGUUUUGAGCCUCAAACGAGAGCAAGAUCAAACACGUGGCCAUUACCCAGGCCCGAAGGAUACGUCGAAGGUAAUGUUGGAGUAGGUGGUGUUGGAGUAGGUGGUGCUGGUGCUAGUGGUGCUUGUGGUACUGGUGCACAAACUGGAAAUGACAUUGGCGAGGCUGGUACACCACCUCAACAGAGUACCCUAGGACAAGGUGCUGGGAGUGCUGCUUUAUUUCCCGUUAAGAAGAACUCUUCGAGAAGAAACGCAUGGGGUAAUCUCAGCUAUGCCGAUCUGAUCACUCAAGCGAUCACCAGUGCACCCGAACAAAGGCUCACUUUAUCCCAGAUUUACGAAUGGAUGGUCCAGAACGUUCACUAUUUCAAAGACAAGGGUGAUAGUAAUAGUAGCGCCGGUUGGAAGAAUUCCAUAAGACACAAUUUGUCGUUGCAUUGCAAAUUUAUGCGAGUACAGAACGAGGGUACUGGAAAGAGUUCAUGGUGGAUGAUCAAUCAUGACGCUAAGCCGGGAAAAUCACCUCGGCGUAGAGCAACGUCGAUGGAAACGAGCAAAUUUGAGAAAAGACGUGGCCGAGUAAAGAAGAAGGUCGAAGCAUUGAGAAAUGGAGUUUUGCAAGCUGAUGCUACACCAAGCCCAAGUAGCAGCGUCAGCGAGAGUUUGGACCUUUUCUCUGACAGUUCACUUCAUCCGAGUGGAUAUCAACUUUCACCGGACUUACGACCUCGAACAUCGAGCAACGCGUCCUCUUCGGGUCGAUUGAGUCCCAUUCCGGCAGGAAGCCAGAUUGGACGCGUCCUCGAGGAACCAGACUGGACGCCAACCUAUGCAUCUUCCUAUAGUCCGGAACAAUUAGAUACGAUCCUGGCUGGUAGCCUCGCGGAAACUAUGAAACUAGAGUCCUUUCAAAUGUAUCAGACAUCACCCCCAAAUCAUCAGCAACAAACUGGUCCACCGCCUUCUUAUUUCGAGACACAAUACCAAAGGACCACCAGUGCACUUCGUAACGCUGCAUCUUUUGGACUUCCACCUACGCCUCAGCCGAGAAACCAACAGAGUUGUCCGAUACAUCGUUUACAAGCUUGCGCUUGUCAGAACCUGAGUCCAGUUUCCGGAAUGUCACCGUCGUAUCAGCAAAGCGAACCAAGCCCAACGACACUCAGUACCAGUCAACAGCAAACGAUUCAAUAUAUGAUUCAAAAUCAACAACGGCAGCAACAACAACAACGACAACAGCAACAGCAGCAGCAACAACAGCAGCAGCAGCAGCAUCAGCAGCAGCAGCAGCAACAACAGCAAACACAAAAUGGACCACCUGGUUCGAGUCCACCGAACACCCCCACGUCAUGCGAAUCGACACCAAGUACAAUGAUGGGACAAUUAAUGGGUGCCCUAAACAACUCGGCUCUUCUCGACGAUCUCAACAUUAACAUCGAAACGUUGCACGGUGGAUUUGAUUGCAACGUCGAAGAGGUAAUAAAUCACGAAUUGUCGAUGGACGAAACGUUGGAUUUCAAUUUCCAACAAGGUGUAAUGGGUACUGCUGCGAUUCAAGUGAGCGACAGCAAUAUCGGGCAAAAUGGUCUCGUUACUCAAAACAAUGGCGUCGUCACGACAACCGGAAAUGCACCCGCGGGAGUUUACAUGAGCACCAAUGCAGCGACUCCCGCGGCACCACCUUCUUGGGUUCACUAGCAGUGGACCCCUCUGCCCUCGACACCACCUUUGUCCUUACCAAUUCCAUCGUCGGAUGGGUGGGAUAACUAUUGCGGGAUGUCAGAGGGACAACUCGACUGUCCGAUUGUCGAGGAUGCAAGGAUGGAUCGAGCACUUGUGAUAAGAUUUAGACAUAACUAUGUCAGACCACGACGAUACGCAUACUUCAAAAAUACAACUUUACGUUAGUGCAAUUGUGACGCAAUGAAUAAUUAACGGGAAGGGCGUGUCUAUCUCUUCAACCCUUAUCCUCUCUCACUCCUCUCCCUCAUUUUUUCCUACCUAGUCCUUUUCAUCCUCCUUCUCGUCCUAUUCAUUCUUCUCGAGAAGGAGGUUGGAUACUUCAAUAUGAAAAACAAAAAAUAAAUAAAUUAAAUAAAACAAUGAGAGAAUAGGUAAGAAGAAUAUGAAAAAUAAAGGACUAGUACUGGACAAGAUCGAUGAAAUAACAACGACAAAUUUAACAAAAGGAUAUUUACGAUUUCUCGAUCGAAAUCAGUAUCAUCGUAUUUUAUUAUCAUCGAUAUUAUAUGUUCGAUUAUUUUUACGAAGAGAUAGCCUUUUAUUUCGGAAAACAUUGUUCUUUAUUUCAGCUCGAUAUUGCUUUGGAUUUCUAUAUUAUUUUUUGUUGUUGUCUUUUUCUAAUUCUCCAUUCUUGAAGCAACGCGUAUUGCUGAUAAAAAUAUAAGGAAAUAUAUUUAUAAUAGAUGUAAUGCGUGGCACGGUGUCAAUUAAGAAAAAAAAGGAAUGUGAAGAUGAAGAAAAAAAAAUAAUUAGGAAGCGCGACAAUGUUUUCAAUUCAACUACUAUCUCCUCGCUUACUUCCCUCCCCCCCCUUAUCACCUACCGAUUUGCAUCGAUAUUUCGCCGUAUGUAAAAACGAUCUCUGUCAUUUGUUAAGGUAAACCUCAUAGUGUUCUAAGUGACGCACGCUAUAAAUAUAUACAUAAAUAAUUAAAUAUAUAUAUAU